AUGGCGGUUACCAACGGCAGCACCGACUACGGCAAGAAUGUCGUCGACGGCCUCGUCAACGAGGCAAAGCUCGAGGCCAAGUCUGUCGCAAAGCUGUCGCCCGACCAUGACCACGUUCUGAAGUGCUUUCGCCUGUUGAUUGCUGACCUUUGCCAGCAAUUCGGCGGCGGCCACCCGGGAGGAGCAAUUGGCAUGGCGGCCAUCGGCAUCUCCUUGUGGAAGUACGUCAUGCGCUACGCUCCGCAUACCCCCGACUUCUUCAACCGCGACCGCUUCGUCCUCUCCAACGGACACACGUGCCUCUUCCAGUACACGUUCAACCACCUUGUUGGCUACAAGGCCAUGACUUUUGACCAGCUCAAAUCCUACCACUCGGACCGCGAAGAUAUGCUUUGCCCCGGCCACCCCGAGAUCGAGCACGAAGGUAUUGAGGUCACCACCGGUCCUCUCGGACAGGGAGUCGCCAACGCCGUCGGCUUGGCCAUGGCCACCAAGAACCUUGCCGCUACCUACAACAAACCCGGCUACGAUGUCGUCUCGAACCACACCUGGUGCAUGGUUGGCGAUGCGUGUUUGCAGGAGGGUGUUGGUCUCGAGGCCAUCUCGCUGGCUGGCCACUUGAAGCUGAACAACCUGACCGUCAUUUACGACAACAACCAGAUCACCUGCGACGGAUCUGUGGAUCUGACCAACAGCGAGGACGUUAACGCUAAGAUGCGCGCCUGCGGCUGGGACGUUAUCGACAUUGAGGAUGGCUGCUUCGAUAUCGAGGGGAUCGUCCAGGCACUGGAGAAGUCAAAGAAGUCCACCGACAAGCCCACCUUCAUCAACGUCAGGACCAUUAUUGGCAUCGGCAGUGCUGUUGCCGGCACCGCUGUGGCCCAUGGUGCUGCCUUCGGCAAGGAUGACGUUGCAAACAUGAAGAAGAUCUAUGGAUACAAUCCCGAGGAGCACUUUGUCAUCACUGACACUGUCCGCGCAUUUUUCGCCGAAUGCCCCAGCCGUGGAGAGAAGUACGUCCAGGAGUGGAAUGCGCUGGUGGAUAAGUACAGCGAGGCACACCCCGAACUGGCCAAUGAGUUCAAGGCACGGGUUAAGGGCGAGCUUCCUGCCAACUGGAAGGACCUGAUUCCGAAGGAGUUCCCGCAGAAGCCUACUGCCUCGCGUGCGUCGUCUGGGCUGGUCUUCAACCCGAUCGCCCAGAGCAUCAACAACUUCAUGGUCGGCACCGCCGAUCUCUCGCCCUCCGUCAACAUGAUUUGGAAGGGCAAGGAGGACUUCCAGCACCCUGAACGCAAGACCGCCUGUGGUAUCAACGGUACCUACGCUGGACGCUACAUCCACUACGGUGUCCGUGAACACGCCAUGUGCGCCAUCUCGAACGGCCUCGCCGCUUUUGCUCCCAACACCAUCAUCCCCGUCACCAGCUCCUUCUUCAUGUUCUACUUGUACGCCGCUCCUGCCGUCCGCAUGGGUUCUCUGCAGCACCUGCAAGUCAUUCACGCCGCCACUCACGACUCCAUCGGCAUGGGUGAGGACGGACCUACGCACCAGCCCAUUGAGCUCCCUGCCCUCUACCGUGCCAUGCCCAACCUCCUCUACAUCCGUCCCGGUGACAGCGAGGAGGCGGCAGGUGCAUGGAUCGCCGCCAUCGAAGCCAAGAACACAUCCUCCAUCAUUUCGACCUCGCGACACGCCAUCCCGCAGCUCAAGCAGACGCGCCGUGACGGCGUCGCCAAGGGCGCCUACGUCUUGGAGGAGGUUGAGGGAGAUGCUGACGUGACGCUCAUCGGUGUUGGUGCUGAGCUGAGCUUCGCGCUCGAUGUUGCGGCCGCUCUCAAGGAGGAGUCGGGCAUCAAGGCUCGCGUCGUCUCCUUCCCGUGCCAGCGCCUCUUUGAGCGCCAGGAUUCGCAGUACAAGCGCGAGACCCUGAAGAGGCACACUGGCGUGCCCGCCGUCGUCAUCGAGCCGUACGCUGCUUUUGGGUGGGAGAGGUACGCCGAUGCCGCCAUCUGCAUGAAGACCUUCGGCAAGAGCUUGCCCGGCAAGCAUGCCUAUGAGUACUUUGGCUUUGGCAAGAAGACCAUGACGACCAAGGUUACGGACUACCUGAAGAGGCUGAAGGAAGAUGAGUUCCUGAAGUCCGAGUUUGUUGAGUUGUAA